CAGGAUCCAUUAGGUGUCCAAGGCCUUUUGUUCUUCUUCGCAUCCGUUAUUUUGGCACAAGUUUUUUUGGUUCUCAAAAAGAAACAGUUUGAAAAGGUUCAAUUGUACGAAAUGAAUUUCUAGGUCCCAGGAUUUCUUACCAUCAAGUUGGUAAAAAGCCUCGAUUUAUUGGCAAUUGCUAGAAUUAUCUAUGAUCUAUUUUGGAAAUCCUUUUUUUGUUUAGACUGCUUUUUGUUUAUGAGAUGUCUGGAAUUCCUUAUUUAUAUCCCAUGCAAAAGAAGAGAAUCCAAGGCAAAGGCGAGAACAAUAAAAUUAAAAUUUCUUCCUUUUAGGAGGGAUUGCAGGUCUUCUUAAUCGUCUAUUCGGCACAAGAAAAAGCCUUUUUCUUGUGCCGAUUCUUCUUGUAUCAAAAUAAGAAUCCUUUUUCUUCCUAAUUCGUCAAAGAUUACUAUUUCUUCUUUACUCGGGUCUGUCUCUUGGACCUCUUUUUCUUUUGCUUAGGUUUAGCCGAGGUAGUGGACAAACAGAGGGGAAGAAAAUAUGGCGGGGGAAAAAUUUCUUGUGAUUGUGAGCAAAUUGCUUGGCUUGUUUAAUUAAGUUCAACUUCAAAUUUACAGAAAUUUUGCAAAAAAAAAGUAAACUCUUCCAUUGAAGGUUUUUUUUAUUUUUAGGCUAGUUGAAUAGUUUUGAUUAAGGUUUUAUUAGUUUAUUACUCGAAACUAAAUCAAGGAUUUUCAGGAUACUUCCUUCGUGGAAUAAGAUAUUGGAUCCUCGAGUGAUCUCUUUUUCUUGUUGCUUCAUAAGAGUGAAUCGAAUAGAUUCAAUUCGCGUUAUAAGAGUAAAAAUUCCGCGGGUCCUUUCCGCUCUAAUCAGAUAAAGGGGGGUAAGGACCCGCUAAGCUCCUACUUUUUCAUGUUUACAAUCUGGUCCCUCCGAUUACUAUAGAGAUGAACCCAAUCCAGAAUAUGAACCAUAAAAGAAAACACCUACUAAACCAAUCACAACAAUACCAGCUACAGUACCUAUCAGCCAAAGAGGAAUUCUUCCAGUAGUAUCGGCCAUUUCCCCUACUUUCCUCCACAUUUUAUCAAUUGGUCAUGCUAGAGACAAAAACAGUCAUGGGUAGUUAUAAGGAUGGUAUCCUUCCAAAUGGGAUAAGAGAAUUCUUAUUAGUCUCUUUCUUUCUCUCAAUUGAAGAAGUAAUUGGAAAAUAAAACAGCAAGUACAAAAAUGAGUAAUAAACCCCAGUAUAGACUGGUACGAUUCAAUUCAACAUUUUGUUCAUUCGGGUUUGAUUGUGUCAUAGUUCUAUAGUUGGAAUUUGUUUUAUCGUUGGAUGAACUGCAUUGCUGAUAUUGAUCCCAAGAAAAAAACAGUAGGUACAGCUAGUCCGUGAAUAGCCAGCCAUCGCACUGUAAACAUAGGAUAGGUUUGAUCUAUGGUCAUUGAGGGCCUCCUAAAAGGAUCUACUAAAUUCAUCGAGUUGUUCUAAAGAAUCAAAACGGUCGGUUAUUAACGGAAUUCCUUGUCGGCUUUCCGUGAAAUACUCGUUGGCCUAGGACUUCCAAACACGUCAUAAGCUAAACCCGUACUGACAAAUAACCAACCCGCAAUGAAUAGGGAAGGUAUAGUAAUGCUAUGAAUAACCCAGUAUCGAAUACUGGUAAUAAUAUCAGCAAAAGAACGUUCUCCCGUGCUUCCAGACAUGCUGAACUCCCAAAAAUUUUGUACAUUCAAAAAAGGAAUUGAUUCCGUAAAAGAUGGGAUCGACCAGUAAAUAGAAAAUUACUGAUAUUUCAUCCUUGUGAGAUUGUCAAUUUUGUACCAAAGGUGUAUUUUGAGUAUACCGAAUUAGUAUAGCUAUCCUUCCUAUGGCACAGCAAUCUGGUUUUGCCUGGUUCCGAAACAUAAUUACUUUUUUAUUUUUUUUGUCUAUAGGUAAGCUAUAUGUUAUUCAAGGCAUCAAUAGAAAACCCCAUUUUUGUAGGUUCUACUUACUUUUCAUUGGCUUCGGAAUAAUAGAGUAAUUCGGAAUAGCAGCCAAAAUCUUGGGAAAAUCUAAGUUAAUGAUCAAUAGGUUUGGAUAAAUAAUUUAGGAAGGAUAUUCUCAUACUGACACAAUACAAGGACAAGUAUAUGUGAAAUCUAUCCUUUCAUAAUUCGUAAUUCAUCCUUGUAUUGUUUGUUGGAUUAGGUCUAACUUUCUUGACCAAACUGCGAGCGCGGAACUUUACGAGAUGAAAUAGGGAAAGACAGAAGAUAGAAUAGAACUUAAAAGGAUAAUUGAAGUGACUCGUCUUCGAAUCUACUUUUGUUGGAGUUCGAAAAAGGAAUAAAAAUAAAGUAAAUUCAAGGAAGAGCUUUCUUUUUUUUUUUAACAGCCCCUUGGCAGGUCGUGGAAUGCUUUUGUUCUCCUCUUAUUCCAUAUGGAAUACAAUCAGUUAAAAUAAGAAGGAAUAGGGGAAUAUUCGAUCGUUCACUCCAAAACGAGGGUCCUAUUGAAAAAGAAAUUAUCCAAAAUAGAAAGAAGUUUUUUUUUCAAAUUCAAUUAUUUAUUUAUCUCUUAUUCAAAAAUUUCCCUGAAAAUUGAAUGAAAAAAUGAAAUUCAAUGGGGUUAGAUGAUCUAGUUCUUAAUAUUAUUACUUUACUCAAUUGACAAAUUCCACAACAAAUCUCUUGAUUCGGAAUUAGGGACUCAUGUAUCAUCUGAUGAAUCCACUUUCUUUUACACUUCUGUAUCUUACUCUACCUUGUUUUUUAGUAUUAUCUAAAAUAACUGAUGAAUUCUGAAUUUUUCAUAACUUAGGUAAAUGCUUUACCAACAUAUGUAGUGUAGUAAAAAAAAAUAAAUGGAAUUUAACUCUUUCAUGCUUACUUUAACUAGUUAUUUUGGUUUUCUACUGGCUGCUUUAACUAUAACCCCAGCUCUAUUUAUUGGCUUGAACAAGAUACGCCUUAUUUGAAUUGACUGAAUAAUUAUAAUUCAGAAAAGAAAAAUCUUUCUUUGGGAUUCCUGGCAUUCUACGACUCUUUUCCAGAUUAAUUAGGAAUUCUUUUCUUGGUCAUUGAGAUUCGUGGAUAAUUUAGAGUACUAUUUAGGGAUAGAUCGUACCUCUUUUUUUAUCCCCUCGAACAAAUCGAAAUGAUUGAAGUUUUUCUAUUUGGAAUCGUCUUAGGCCUAAUUCCUAUUACUUUAGCGGGAUUAUUCGUGACUGCGUAUUUGCAAUACAGGCGUGGGGAUCAGUUGGAUCUUUGAUUGAGUCAUUUUUUUUUGAUUGACCUCCUCCAGACCAGAGAGGCGGUCAAAUUGAAAUUGGAGUUACAAUUCAAUUUUGUUAAGUUAUUUUACUCUGCUUCGACAUAAAAUAGAUGGAAUCACGCUCUGUAGGAUUUGAACCUACGACAUCGGGUUUUGGAGACCCGCGUUCUACCGAACUGAACUAAGAGCGCUUUCAUUCAUUCAAAAAGAAAAUCUUUUUCUAUUCCUAAUGUAUCUCACGUACGUAUAGUCUCCACAAAUUCAAGUUAUACCCACUUUACUUUAAUUGAUCUCGUCGCUACUGCCUAUAAAGAAGAAAGAAGUAAUAGGUAGUGAUGACAGGAUUUGAACCUGUGACAUUUUGUACCCAAAACAAACGCGCUACCAAGCUGCGCUACAUCCCUUUUCCAAAUUAAAUUGUUGUACAAUGCCAUUGUACACAAUUCCUGUCUUCUUUUCCACAUCAUAAUUUUCUUCUUCUUUCUAUUUUCUUCUUCUUUCUUUCUCUAUCUAUAUAUAGAACCCUCGUGUCAUUUCUUCUUUUUGGUCUCAUAUAAUUAAGGAAUUAUAUACAUAUAAAAUCCAAUAUAAUUUCGCCUAUAAAAGAAAGAUUACUUUUCCUUGCUAAUAUAUAGGAAGAAGGGGUCAUCUUUUUCUUUUUUAGGGAUAGGAAAAUUUCGUCGAUAUGGUUCAUUUUAUAUAUAGCAUAACAAUCUUGGGCAAGAGUUUAUGAUCAUAUAUGUAUUCCAACAAGGAAGGAGGAUUUUCAAUGCGGGAUAUAAAAACAUAUCUCUCUGUAGCACCCGUGCUAAGUACUCUAUGGUUUGGUGCUUUAGCAGGUUUAUUGAUAGAAAUUAAUCGUUUAUUCCCAGAUGCUUUGUCAUUCCCUUUUUUUUAAUUCUAGUUAUUGCUAUGGGAGGGAUAGAUUUCUUCGUGAUAUGACAAAAUUUGAUCCUUUUCAAUCUUUUUUUAGUAUCGGAAGGAAAAAGAAAGAAAAGAUGGAUUGGGUUGAACCUCAGAGUCAUUAAAAAUUUUGUAAACACCAUUUUUGAAAAUAGAAAUUCAAUUUAAAGGGGUACCCAAGCUAAAUAAGGCCUCAGAAAUCAGAGCAUAGAAAAGGUGGGGCUGGCUAAUUAAAUGAAAGGAUUUCGAACCAAAAUCUUUGCUAAUUCGACAAGGAUUGUAUUCUUUAAUUAUUUCUCUAUUUUUUAUUACUUAAUUUAAGAAUAAAAAAAAAUUAUUCUAAUGAAUUUUAUUCUUCUUCUUCGGAUUCAAAAUAGAAGAAUAAAAGAAUAAGUAGAAGAAUUAAGUUAAGUCAAUCCAAAAAGAAAAGGAGGUUCAUGGCCAAGGGAAAAGAUGUUAGAAUCAGAGUUAUUUUGGAAUGCAUCAGUUGUGUUCGAAAAGGUGCCAAUGAGGAAUCGACGGGGAUUUCUAGAUAUAGUACUCAAAAGAAUCGCCACAAUACACCCGGACAAUUAGAAUUCAAAAAAUUUUGUCGUUAUUGUCGCAAGCAUACGACUCAUCACGAAAUAAAGAAAUAGGAACAUCGUGUGUUCGAUCUUUCCAAACAACAGAAAGAGUAAGAAAUUCAUAUUUAAUAUAUAAAGAAAACAUAGUAUAGAAUACAAAAUACAAAUCAACUCAUCUGAUUUCCGGUAGAUAUUAUUUCAUAUGUAUAGAGGGUAUUCAUAUACUAUAAUAUGAAUCAAAUAAGAUAUGGAUCAAAGAAAAACUACUUCUUCUGGAUCCUAAAUUAAUAAAAUAAAGAAGUGAAUUUUCAAAUUUUCAAAUUUUAAAUAAGGAAUAAAUCAUGUAUACAUCUAAACAACCUUUUCUUAAAUCUAAGCAACCCUUUAGUAAAUCCAAGCAAACUUUUAAUAAAUCCAAGCAACCCUUUCGUAAAUCCAAGCAAACUUUUUGUAAAUUCAAGCAACCUUUUCGUAAAUCUAAACAACCUUUUCGUAGGCGUCCCCGGAUUGGCCCGGGAGAUCGAAUUGAUUAUAGAAACAUGAGUUUAAUUAAUAGAUUUAUUAGUGAACAAGGAAAAAUAUUAUCGAGACGAAUAAAUAGAUUAACCUUGAAACAACAGCGAUUAAUUACUCUUGCUAUAAAACAGGCUCGUAUUUUAUCUUUCUUACCGUUUCGUAACUAUGAGAAUGAAAAGCAAUUUCAAGCCCAGUCAAUUUCAAUAAUUACAGGUUCUAGACCCAGAAAAAAACAUAUUCCUCAAUUAACGCAAAAGUACAAUUCCAAUCGAAACUUAAGAAACAACAACCAAAAUUUAAGAAACAACAACCGGAACUUAAGUUCCGAUUGUUGAUGUUUUAUUCGAAUUGGAAAGGGCCAGACCUAUAUAUAUAUUAUAA